GGCGCAUAAAGGCAGGCGGCGGGGGCCGGCCAGGGGCAGCGGCUGGCGGCAGCAGGGGAGCGACCGGCGAUGAUGGAGCAGCCGGUGCAGACGGAGCCCUGGAAGGCGCACAGCCUGGAGGAGCUGAUCCGUAUCCUCCAUCAGAUAUUCGCCGAGGACAAAGUCAGCGUGGAGGAGGUCCAGGCGCUGAUGGAGUCGUACGAGAGCAACCCUGAGGAGUGGCUGCAGUACGCCAAGUUCGACCAGUACAGGUAUACAAGAAAUCUUGUGGACAAUGGAAAUGGAAAGUUCAACUUGAUGAUCUUGUGCUGGGGUGAAGGUCAUGGCAGCAGUAUCCAUGAUCACACUGACUCACACUGCUUUAUGAAGAUCCUCCAGGGAAAUCUAAAGGAGACUCUGUUUGAAUGGCCUGAGAAAAAAGGAAAUGGUGAAAUGACUAAGAAAUCAGAACGAGUUUUGAGGGAAAAUCAAUGUGCCUACAUUAAUGACUCCAUUGGCCUGCACCGUGUGGAGAACAUAAGCCACACAGAGCCUGCUGUUAGCCUGCAUUUGUACAGCCCACCCUUCAACACCUGUAACACCUUUGAUCAGAGGACUGGGCACAAGCACAAAGUCACGAUGACCUUCUACAGCCAGUUUGGAGAAAGGACUGUCUGCGUAAGCUACAGGAGUGCCGCAGGAGAACAACUGAGAAGCAUCAGCGCGCAUUUGCGUAAGACCUGCUGAAUGUUUAACCAGGGACAGAAGACUUGCAUGGCUAAGGCUGACAGCCAAAUCCAUUUCAUUACUUGUACACCGGAGUACACUAGGGCAGCCUCCAGACCACACACAGUUUCCUCGAGCAAAUGCCAAUUAUGGGACACUAACCUAAGUAGUGCCAUAACCUGCUUCAGAGGUUAGAUGCCUUUUCUUAGGCUCCUGUUAGAAUUAAGUAGUUGGUUGUCUAAUUAUAGCGCCUUUUGACACUCCACCCUGGAUAUCACACUGACAAUAUCAGAAAUAGGGUUUUUAAACACCAUUUGAUUCUUCUCAAUAGACCUAUGGGGAUGUAUGCUCUCAAUGUAAUUAGUAACUAUAUAAACUUCUAAGCUUCCAGUCACUUGUACCUAUGGGUAGUACAGUAGAUACAACUAACAGCAGUGCCUUUUUUUUUUUUAAUUAAGUCUUUUAGGUUUUAAUGCUUUAGGCCAUCUUGAUAGUUUUGUGCAUUUUUUACCUUUUUUUUUUUUUACAAUUUAAUUUUU